CAACUAUGUAGUCGCGAUCCCUCCAUUGAGACGAGAAGACUGUAUUUCUGUGCUCGAGCGCCGAUAAAUUAUUUUGUUUUGUAUUUUUUAGAUAUAGCGUGUACAUUAUAAAAUUGAGAUUGUGUGUUUUCCUAUAUAGCGUGUAUAUAAAUUAGAGAUUGUGUAUUUUUUAAAUUAUUUGGCUGUGUAAUAAGGACCUAGAAAAGAUGGCAAAUAAAAAAAACAAAAUAAAACGCAGUAAAAGAGAACAUAAGAAGUUUAAAAUUCAAGUGAUGGCUAAUUGUCGGAGAGUUGUUUCAGCACAUAAAAAUAGACCACAAGCUAAUGAAUUGGAUAUGACUGAAAUCGUAAACGAGAGUCCCUCAAAUGUACCUACGAUUGGAGUUUUAAAGAAUGUUGGGGUUUCGGAAGAACUUGAUCCAAAAAGUGACGAAUGUCUUGCACCAGAACGUAACAUCAAACAUCGAGAGACAAAAGGAAAAAGGCAGUUUAAAAAAAAAGGAGACUAAAGAAUCAACAAAUGAAAAUAUAUGCGACGCUAGUGAACGUCUUAUAAUAGAUAAAGUGUACUUCUUUGAACAACUUAAAAAAAUUUCAAACCAUGCACCUUAAUUUGGCUGUAACUUAUCGAAUCUAAAUAUCACGGGAGAGACAAAAAUAGGGCUUUAUUCCAAACUAAAACUUUCUUGCGAGAUGUGCAAUGCCAAAUUUAUUAUAAAUACAUCAAAUCCACACCCAGCCGAAAACUUAGACAUAAAUACAGCUGCGGUUUCUGGAAUCACAAACGCUGGUAUUGGUUUGAAGCAAUUCCAAGGGUUGUGUACAGCAAUGAAUGUUCCCACAUUGACACAACAAAUGUUUGAUAAAAAACACGUUAUCGUUUGUGAGCAAUGGGAAAAAACUGCUCAUCAGACUAUGGCAGCUGCAGCGGAACGAGAAAGACGGACUGCAAUAGAAGAAGGCAGAGUCUUAGAUGGUAUAGCAGUCAUUGAUGUAAUUGCUGAUGCCUGCUGGUCUUAGCGCUCAUACAAAAGUAAUUACGCGGCACUUUCUGGAGCAGCUGCCAUAGUUGGUAGGAAAUUCGGAGAAGUUAUUUUCCUAGGUGUGAAAAACAAAUACUGCUGUAUUUGUGAUCGUGCAGCGAAUAAAGGAUUGACG